AACUCUUACGGGCGGAUUUGCACGUCUUCUCUCACCCCUCUGCGGUCCUGCGUCGGUUUUUUUCUCCGAGGUCUGAUGAAAUAACCCCAUUCCGGACCCGAAACGAACUGGAAUGCCCGCUUUUGCACGUCUUUUCCUGGCGUUUUGAGAUCGAUAAACCUGCUGAACGUCGGUCGGCAGACGCCCAGAGCCCGUUUCCUUGGUAACGGUGUCAGCCAUGUCUUCUGGGGACUCCAGCGGCGAUGGAGGGAAGUGGCUGGACGCCCACUAUGACCCGAUGGCCGGCCUCUACACCUUCUCCUCCUGCGUGGACCUGGCUGAGCUGAGCGGGGACGGGGAGAGCCGCCUGCUGGUGGGGGACCUGGGCUCCGGCUCGGCGGGGAUGAAGCUGAAGGUGUACCGCGGCACCUCGCUGACCAGCGAGAGCACGCUGCUGGACCUGCCCUCUGGCGUGGUCGCCUUCUUCAUGGAUCUCCACGAGCCCCGGAUCCCCGCCGUGGCCGUGGCCUCCGGACCCUGCAUCUACGUCUACAAGAACCUGCGGCCGUACUUCAAGUUCACCCUGCCCAGCCUCCAGGUCAACACGCUGGAGCAGGACGUGUGGCAGCAGGUGAGGGAGGGGCAGAUCGACCCCCUGACCCUGAAGGAGAUGCUGGAGAGCAUCAGGAGGAAGGCCGACGUGCCGCUGUCCAUGCGCUCGCUCCGCUUCCUGUCUCUGGAUCCCGACGAAAUGGAUGACUAUGUUCAGCUGCACAAGCAGCAGCCAAUCAGGAGACAGACAGUCAUCACCUGCAUCAGCACUCUGAAGAAGAGCACAGCGGACGACGAUGGAGUCAGCUGUUUGGUCAUCGGAACAGAGAGCUGCGACGUCUACGUCCUCGACCCCGAGGCCUUCAUCAUCCUCUCCAAGAUGUCGCUGCCUGCCGCUCCCUCCUUCAUGGACGUGACGGGUCAGUUCGACGUGGAGUUUCGCAUCACGGUGGCGUGCCGCAAUGGGAACAUCUAUAUUCUGCGCAGGGAUUCUGACAAACCAAAGUACUGCAUCGAGCUGGCGUCCCAUCCAGUCGGUCUGGUGCGAGUCGGGAAGAACGUGGUGGUGGGCUGCACCGACGAGAGCCUGCAGGGCUUCACUCAGAAGGGGAAAAGGCUGUGGAGGACGGUUCUCGCCGCUCCCAUCACCACCAUGGCGGCCAUGGACCUGCCGACCCGCGGCUUCCAGGCGGUCUUGCUCGGCCUGGCGAACUGCGAGGUGCAGCUCUACCGGGACAAGAACCUGCUCAGCACCAUCAAGACGCCGGACGUGGUCACCAGCAUCUGCUUCGGCAGGUACGGCCGCGAGGACGGAACCCUCAUCAUGACCACCCGGGCCGGCGGCCUGAUCGUGAAGAUCCUGAAGAGGACGGCGGUGUUCGACGACCGGGACGGCGCCCCCGGCCCGCCGCAGGCGCAGAGCAUCCGCCUCAACGUGCCCAAGAAGACCAAGCUGUACGUGGACCAGACGCUGAGGGUGAGCGGCGAGAGCGGCGCCGCCAUGCACCGCGCCUUCCAGAUGGACCUGAGCCGCCUGCGCCUGGCCGCCGCCAAGGCGUACGUGAAGGCGCUGGAGUCCAGCCUGACGCCCGUGUCGUCCAGCCUCAGCGAGCCGCUCAAGAUGAACGCCGUGGUGCAGGGGCUGGGCCCCACCUUCAAGCUGACCCUGAACGUCCAGAACACGGCGGCGUGCCGGCCCGUCAUGAACCUGGCCGUCAGCUUCCUGUACGACGAGAGCCUGUACCGCGUCAAGAACCCGUUCCUCAGGAUCCCCCUGCUGGUGCCCGGACUCAUCUACCCCAUUCAGACCUUCGUGGAGUGCACCAGCGACAAGGGCAUCGCUGACAUCAUCAAGGUGUUCGUCCUCCACGAGGGGCGGAGCUCGCCGCUGCUGACCGCUCACAUCAACAUGCCAGUCAGCGAGGGACUGACGCUCAACUGAGUUAUGUUAACAGCACAGUGAACUGCUGUCACAUCUCCCUUAUUCAUUCAACUUUAGUUUUAUUUAUUCAGAUUUUAUCUUUAUUUAUUCAACGUUACCUUUAUUCCUUUAAACUUUACCUUUAUGUAUUCCAGUUUUACCUUCUCGAGGUCGUCAUACAGCAGUCUAGACCAAAAAUAUACGUUUCUUCCUAAUUUAAUUCAGUGUGACCUACGAACACAUUUACUUUAUUAUAAGGAACCGCCUGCAGUUCCAACUUUGAGUUCUAAAAUACUGUUUCUGUUUGUAGAUCUUUUAGUUUUUGUCUUUUAGCUUGUUGUAAAUAAACCAGAUAAUUUAAGAUACAUUAAGCUGAGCCAAGCCUGUUUUUUCUUGAUAGAAUUGCAACUACAUGAAUCUUUCAUUUAUUCUGAGGUGUUGAGUGAAAUGUUUGUGUUGUACAGAGGCUUUAAAGUCAAAUACAUUCGUGUUUUGCACUGAAGACCAACAGGUGUAGCUGAAGAGCUUUUAAUGCAAGACUGAAUCUAAAUCAGUAAAAUCAAUUCAUCUGAUUUACUUUUGCUCACACAAUGUUGCCACAGACCAUGAAAACGUAAUUUUGUUUCUAUAGCUCCAAUUCAAUACAGUUAU